UUGUGAAGAUCGGUCUUUAAAUAUGGUUGAAUUGCAACCUCUCUCCCCUCAACAAAAGAGGUCAGAAAGAUUGCGACUCUUGGAAGAGGACGAGAGAGUCAUUUCAAGUCUACCUUUGUGUUACAAAAUGUUUAUUGCCCCCGUUUACGAUUUGCUCGAGGAGCCUGAAGUUAUUAUUGUUCCUGACCGCAGUUUGUACAAAGUUCCCUUUGCUGCCCUAAGAGAAAAGGACGGAACCAAAUACCUGUCGGAGACUCAUAGGAUUCGUGUCAUUCCUUCUUUGACGACACUCAAGAUGAUUCAAGAUAGUCCAGAGGACUAUCACAGCAACACUGGUGCCUUGAUAAUAGGCAAUCCCGAGGUUGAUCGGCUGCCGUCAUUGCCAGGUGCAAGAAAAGAAGCGGAGAUGGUCGGACGAUUAGUGGGUGUUCCGCCUCUGCUAGAAAAGGAAGCAACGAAGCAGGCGGUGCUUGAGCGGAUAAGUUCAGUGAGCCUGAUACAUAUUGCUGCCCAUGGUAACGCCGAGAGGGGAGAAAUUGCCCUCUCCCCCAUUCCUACUCCCAACAAUCGAAACGCUGUCCCUCCACAGGAAGCUUACAUGUUGACGAUGGCUGAUGUCUCACGAGUAAAAGUCAGAGCUAAACUGGUGGUACUUAGCUGCUGUCACAGUGGAAGUGGAGAGAUUAGAGCCGAGGGAGUCAUAGGAAUUGCCCGUGCGUUCUUAGGAUCUGGUGCUCGCUCGGUGUUGGUUGCGCUGUGGGCUAUUUCAGACUCAGCAACAGAGAAGCUAAUGAGUCGGUUUUACGAACACCUUGUUAAAGGAGAAAGUGCCAGUGAAUCCCUUCAUCAGGCCAUGAAGUGGAUGAGAAAAAACGGCUUGACCAAAGUGUCUGAGUGGGCUUCGUUUACGCUGAUUGGAGAUGAUGUGAGACUCAAGUUUGACAUGCAGAGGAAAGAAGACCCCGACGGAUGAAUGAUGAGAAUACCUUGAAGGAAACAGACCUCAGAGACUUUUAAAUGGAUAAACAAAUAGAAUGAUUAGAGGAAAUACUCUAUCCGUUAUUUCAUUGUGUAAUUCAAGAAUGGGCAAUCUUCAAUUAAGCAUAAUAAUUUCAGUUUUUUGCGUUCUCUUUUUUGAGCUUUUCAGAAGGAGGUAUUGUUUAUGUAUUGGAGAGAUAUUUAUCUCUUUACAAAAAUUAUCUUAUCCGGCCGAUAUAAUUAGCACGUAACAUUUUUGACGUAAGGCUCUUAUGAAGUGAAAUCAGGAAAGUUAAAACAGUAGUUUAAGCAUCCAAAACGAGCCUGUUAAGUCUUACAGGGUUUUCUCGCAAAGCCUUUUGUUUUAGGUUUCGUUAACAGAAUCCUAAAUUUCUGAUGCAAAAUCUCAACAGAAACCUUUUGUUCUGGUCAGUUCCAGUACUAUUUCUGAGUGCUUUAAAACUGAAAAAAGGAGGCUUGGAUUUCUAAAUAGGACCAUGGAAAAUGCCAUCAAGGUCGAGCAUUUUAUUACUAUAGUGUGGAAAAAUUACGACAGCAAUAUUUUGAAACUGGUUCAACAAGUCUCUUACGCAUAGUGAUGUUUGAGAUAAUGUAUGUUUGCAUGGCGAUUUAAUCGUUUUCAAGUCAGGUCAUUGUCAAAAUGUUGUUUAAGGAAUCAAAAUAUGUUUUUUGCCACACUUUACACAAUUUGUUUUUUUGCAAACUUUCUUAUUGGAAUUUGGAGUAAUUCCAAAGACGCUAAAAUAAAAGACAG